GUCGGAAUCAGUUUUGCAGAGAUCGCUGAAACAAGGCAGACGUGAAGAAUGUUCACUUCUGUUGGUGUUAUUGUAUUGCUUUAUAGCACAGGGCUUCUUACCAGCGCUGAAGCAACCUGUGGAAUUCGCCCGCAAACAAGAAUCAUCAGUGGUUAUAAUGCAGCCCCUAAUUCAUGGCCUUGGAUGGUUCAAAUUAAUUAUCUUGGCGGCCAUCAUUGUGGAGGUGCCCUAGUUAGCCCACAGUGGAUCGUAACAGCGGCCCAUUGCGUGGAUCAUGCGAAGAAACCUCAGAAUUACAGGGAUUUUCGGAUAACUCUCGGUGAACACCGAAGGAGCACACGAGAGGGUUAUGAACAAGUGUUCGAUGUGGCGAAUAUCGUGGUACACCCACAUUAUAAUAAGCCUUCGAUUGUGAACAAUGAUAUUGCAUUAAUAAGACUGAACCGUCCCGCUGUACUGAAUGAACAAGUCAGCUUGAUCUGCCUUCCUAAUCAAGGCUACAACAUCCCGGCUAGAAAAAGAUGCUAUGCCACAGGUUGGGGCUUGACAAUUCCCGAGGACUGGUCCAGUCAAGCAGAUAUCCUCAAACAGGCCAUGCUCCCUACAGUGAGCCAGUCAGAAUGCGAGAGAGAUAACAAAGACGCUGGUAUCCCUGUGACAGACGCCAUGUUCUGUACAGGUCAUGGUGGCUCUAGUCCCAUCAGCACAUGCAACACUGACAGUGGUGGACCAAUUGUAUGUAAGGAUUGGACCGGCAGGUGGUACCUACAGGGUGUGGUCAGUUGGGGUACAGGUGGUUGUCAUCCGGGACAUUACUCUGUCAAUGCCAGAGUGAGCAAGUACAGAAACUGGAUUGAAAGUUAUACUAUGGGCUAGAUUUCCGGCUGAAGCUCGAAGAAUUGAGUGAUGCUGAGAAUAAGAGAGCCAACUUCUUUGGUGUUGAAAAGGAAGAUUGG